AUGGAGCAUAUUAUUGCGAGCAAGUUUAAGCUCGGGAGGAAGAUUGGCAGUGGCUCGUUUGGGGAGCUAUACCUUGGUAUUAAUAUACAGAAUGGAGAGGAAGUGGGUAUAAAGUUGGAACCCGUGAAGUCGAAGCAUCCACAACUGCACUAUGAAUCCAAAGUUUACAUGCUGAUGCAGGGUGGAAGCGGUAUCCCACAUCUGAAGUGGUAUGGUGUCGAGGGAGAGUACAAUGUUAUGGUGAUUGAUCUUCUUGGCCCAAGCCUGGAGGACUUAUUUAACUCCUGCAACAGGAAAUUUACUAUGAAAACAACCCUUAUGCUUGCUGAUCAACUAAUAACACGGGUGGAAUACAUGCAUUCCAAAGGAUUUCUUCACCGUGACAUCAAGCCAGACAACUUCCUUAUGGGCUUAGGCCGGAAAGCGAAUCAGGUCUAUAUAAUUGACUAUGGGCUUGCUAAGAAAUACAAGGACCUCCAGACUCAUAAACACAUCCCCUACAGGGAGAAUAAAAAUCUGACAGGAACAGCACGCUAUGCUAGUGUGAAUACUCAUCUUGGAAUAGAACAAAGCAGGAGAGAUGAUCUAGAGUCUGUUGGUUAUCUUCUACUGUAUUUUUUGAGAGGAAGUCUCCCAUGGCAGGGUCUUAAAGCUGGCACUAAGAAACAAAAGUAUGAUAGAAUUAGUGAAAAGAAAAUGCUUACCCCGGCAGAGGUUCUGUGCAAAUCUUAUCCAUCGGAGUUCAUCUCAUAUUUCCACUAUUGCCGUUCCCUGAGAUUCGAAGACAGACCAGAUUACUCUUACUUGAAGAAACUAUUCCGGGAUGUAUUUGUUCGUGAAGGAUAUCAAUUUGAUUAUGUAUUUGACUGGACCGCACUCAAGUAUCCUCAUAUGAGUUCCAGUAACAAGCUUGUUCGACAACCGAGUGGAAGAUUGGCUGGAGUUGGGCCAUCUGUUGAGAGAACAGAAAGACCUUCAGGACAAGAGAUCCGGGAUAGAUUCACCGGUGCUGUGGAGGCAUUUGCCAGAAGAAACUCGAGCUCCGGUCGCCACGGACACGGAGACCAUUCGAGGCACAAAAGCACUGCUGAUUCAUUCAGUUCAUCUAGAGAAUUGCUGCUGAUACGGAGAAAACACACAUCUUGUCCCGGACUGGGAGCUCAUCGAAGAUGGCUGGCACGCAAUCCAGCCGGCCAACCUCUUCAGGGGACUGCACCGGUCGGUUGUUCUCGGGAAGUGGCGGCAGCAGCAGCCGCCCGUCGUCGUCGACCGUUCAAAGGCUCCACCAAUCCGGAGGCAGCGGUGCGGAGAACGGCUCGUCUUCACCCAUACCCGUCGCCCGGAACGCACCAGGGAGAUCAAGCCGACGGGACAGCCACUCGGCAUUCCGGAGCUUCGAGCGCCUGUCGAUCAGCGCUGACAGAAGGAAGUGAUCGACGACCCUGGAGGCGAUGA